ACCUUGGCCUCCCAAAGUGCUGGGAUUACAGGCUUGAGCCACAGCGCCCGGCCACUACUGCCUCACUGUCAUGCAGUUAAAUAAUCUUAGACGCUUCCUCCUCGACUUUAUACAUACACACCGGAGGAGGGCUCUGCUCCUGUGUUAUUCUCGCAGUGGGGUUGAGGAUGUUUGUCUCAUGGAAACUGGUGAUGUGAGAAGCAGGUGAAUAGCCUGCAGGGGGCAGCAGAGACCAACGCCAGGGACUGGACGCUGAGGCCAGUAUGGAUCCUGCCAAGGAGGGAUAUGGAUCUCUCCUGGAUGCUUCCUGGCAGCCGCCCUCCUGCAGGUGGCUUGCAGCUGUUCAGAGCAGAUCCAGAAAGAGUGUGGGUUCUGACACGCUGCAGCGCCCUGGAAAGCAGGAGACCCACGUGCAGGUGCACUUCAGGGGUUUUGUCUUUCUGCGGCUGUAUAUCUGGAAUCUGGGGCCGUUUUCAGGAGCAGUGCUUUGGGUUUGACAUGCAAAGGGUCCCUGGGGUCAGACUAAUUUGCAUAUCUGAAGAAAAUCUGUGAAGAUCAAGUUCAGGGAAAGAACUGUUUGGGACCUCUCCUGGAGAAGGGGCUUAUGAAGUUGACAGUUUAUUUAGGUCAGAAGCUUAAAAUCACCAAGUGAGAGUUUUCUGCCGAUGAAGAUGAAGGUCUGGAAGGAGGGAGCGUUUCCACACUGUGAGGUGGGAUUGUUGUCGGGAUACUAGAUUUCCUACUCGGAGAGGCCCGGGUCCCUUCGCCACUUCUGUCUCUCUGCCGCCUGCACUGUGACCUGCACUAUUCACGGGAGCCCUAGAGAGGACCCCGGGACACCCGGAAGCCGGGAAAUGAUGUUUCAGGAUUCUGUGGCCUUCGAGGAUGUGGCUGUGAGCUUCACCCAGGAUGAGUGGGCUUUGCUGGAUCCUUCCCAGAAGAAUCUCUACAGGGAUGUUAUGCAGGAAACCUUCAAGAACCUGACCUCUGUAGGAAAAACAUGGAAAAUUCAGAACAUGGAAGAUAAGUACAAAAAUCCCAGGAGAAAUCUAAGUCUUAUGAGAGAGAAACUCUUUGAAAGCAAAGAAAGUCAUCACUGUGGAGAAAGCUUCAACCAGAUUGCAGAUGACAUGCUGAACAAGAAAACUCUUCCUGAAGUAAUACCGUGUGAAAGCAGUGUGUGUGGAGAAGUUGGCAUGGGUCACUCAUCUCUUAAUAGGCACAUCAGAGCUGACACUGGACACAAGUCUUCUGAGUAUCAGGAAUAUGGAGAGAAUCCAUAUAGAAAUAAGGAAUGUAAGAAAGCCUUCAGUUAUCUUGACUCCUUUCAAUCACAUGAUGAAGCUUGCACUAAAGAGAAACCCUAUGAUGGUAAAGAAUGUGCGGAAACCUUCAUUUCCCAUUCAUGCAUUCAAAGACACAAGGUGAUGCACCGUGAAGAUGGACCUUAUAAAUGUAAGUUUUGUGGGAACACUUUCUUUUUUCUCAGUUUAUGUCUUAUCCAUGAACGAAUUCACACUGCUGUGAAACCAUAUGAGUGUAAACAGUGUGGUAAGGCCUUUACUCGUUCCACUACCCUUCCAAUACAUGAAAGAACUCACACAGAAGUGAAAGCCGAUGCAUGUAAGGAAUGUGGGAAUGCAUUCAGUUUUCCUAGUGAAAUUCGUAGACAUAAAAGGUCUCACGCUGGAGAAAAACCCUAUGAGUGUAAGCAAUGUGGGAAAGUCUUCAUUUCUUUCAGUUCCAUUCAGUAUCAUAAGAUGACUCACACUGGAGAGAAACCCUAUGAAUGUAAGCAAUGUGGGAAAGCCUUUAGAUGUGGCUCACACCUUCAAAAGCAUGGAAGGACUCACACUGGAGAGAAACCCUAUGAAUGUAGGCAAUGUGGUAAAGCCUUCAGAUGUACCUCGGACCUUCAAAGGCAUGAAAAGACACACACUGGUGAUAAACCCUAUGGAUGUAAGCAGUGCGGUAGAGGCUUUAGAUGUGCUUCACAACUUCAAAUUCAUGAAAGGAUGCACAGUGGAGAGAAGCCCCAUGAAUGUAAGGAAUGUGGAAAAGUAUUCAAGUAUUUUUCUUCCUUGCAUAUACAUGAAAGGACGCACACUGGAGAGAAGCCCCAUGAAUGUAAGCAAUGCGGAAAAGCAUUCAGGUAUUUCUCUUCCUUGCAUAUACAUGAAAGGACACACACUGGAGAUAAGCCAUAUGUGUGUAAGGUCUGUGGCAAAGCCUUCACUUGUUCCAGUUCCAUUCGAUAUCAUGAAAGGACUCACACUGGAGAGAAACCCUAUCAAUGUAAGCACUGUGGUAAGGCCUUUAUUUCCAAUUACAUUCGAUAUCAUGAAAGGACUCACACUGGAGAGAAACCCUAUCAAUGCAAGCACUGUGGCAAAGCCUUUAUUCGUGCCAGUUCAUGUCGAGAACAUGAAAGAACUCAUACCAUUAAUAUAUGAGAAAUCAUGUUAGUGGAAGAAAUAGGAGAAGCUUUCUGUUGUCCCACUGCCUUUGAAACACGAGAAAAGAGAGUGGUGAAAGGACCUCUGGAUAACUGCCUUUUGAAUUGAGAAGAGAGACCUGCAAAAGGACAAUAACAUCUAGAAGGACUUGGAUGGUUCCGUAAUACAAUUCACCUAUAGCCAAUCUUGCAUGAGAUUUCAAAGGCACAGAAAAGGAAGGCAUCAGUCACAUAUUAGAGGCACCACACAGGGAGAGAGGUGUGUGGCUACCUGCUUCCAGCCCAUUUUCCUGAUUCUUUCACUUGUUAAUCGAGAGUAUCCCCCAAAUCACUUGUCUCUGUUCCUCAGAGCUAUAGGUCUCCAGAGAUGUCCCCAGGUGCUCCACAUUAAAGAUACAUGCCCACUUU